AUGCAACGAACCCUGAGUGGCAAUCAAUCUCUCACCACAUCUACCCCAGGAAAGAAGCACCCGCCAGAUUCACCGCUCCCCGCAAAAAGAGGACCGCCACACCUACACACUACAAUCGAGAUACUGUUGAAGCCAACAAAGGCCUCGACACGCCCACCAUGGCACCUACACAACUCCUCUAGCAUAGCCCACAACACCAAAGUCCUCUGCGAGCACAACGCCUCCCCCUCGAGCAAAACCUCUUCCCUCCUCUCCGUCAUCCUCCCAAAGCUCUCCCACACGACCUCCGAACACAAAACCCUCGAUGUAGACCCUUACUUUGCGCACUACCACACCCUGUCCCCGUCUUCGUUCCCGCCAGCACAGGCCUCGGCCGGCGGUCUCACAUUCCUCGUAGUCGCGGACAAGAAUCUGGGUCAACGGAUCCCCUUUGGGUUCCUUGCGACGAUCGAGAAGCGGUUCUUCGAGGAGUUUGAGGCUGCGAGCACGGAUUUCGCGGCGCUGCCUAGUUUUGGGUGCGCGGGGUUCAAUGGGACGAUGCGGCGGUUGAUGGAGGAGCAAGGUGGCACCGAGAGCGGGCAGCGGGAUGCGCUGAGGACAGCGCAGAGGGAGAUUGAUGGCGUGAGAGAGAUUAUGACGGAGAAUAUUGAGCGGGUGCUUGAGAGGGGCGAGAGGAUUGAUUUGUUGGUUGACCAGACGGAUCGGUUGGGGAGCUCCGCGAGGGACUUUAGGGUGAGGAGUCGUGGGUUGAAGAGGAGGAUGUGGUGGAAGAAUGUCAAGCUGAUGGUGCUGUUGGCGCUUGUGGUGGUAUUUUUGGUGUAUUUGUUUGUUGGGUUUGGGUGUGGAUUGCCUGCCUGGGGCCGCUGUCUUCAUCAUUAGACACACAUACCCUAUCUGGACUCGUCCAAUCACACUAUUACGCCACUCGCCCGCAACCCCCAUAAAAAUCCACGGGGCGAGGGCCAAAGACGAGGAGGAAACUAUAAUCCGCGAAAACAGGGUAUCUUUUGCCUUGUCGUCCACUUCUCGUCCAAAUUUCCUUCCUACACGGGAAACCCCCGUUGUACAAAUACCAAUUACACACUCCAAUAUGAAGGCGUUUCCAGGCGCGAUCGG